CAUGGGAAAGACACAUCAUAAGUCAGACAGAUCAAGACAUAAGCGAUCGAAAUAUGGAAAAUCGCAUCGUUCGCCUUCUUCGGACUCCGGCAGGCGUAGGAGCAGAAGCAGUAGCAUGAGUAGCGUCAGCAGCAGCAGUAGCACCAUCAUAAUCAGAGAAGUCAGGAGAGACAGAAUUUCAAAGCCAAAUAAUGACCAACGGUGUCCAAUGAACCAUGUCGAAGUUAACUAUGGAAAUCCUCAGCCGUCUUGUUCAAAUCAAAGAGAUUUCCCGGUUUACGUAGAUGAAAAUAACUUACAAACAAACUACGAAAAUCCUAGGCCUUCUUGUUCAAAUGAAAAUCCAAGAAGAGAUUUUACAGGUAGCAUAGAUAAUAACAACCUAAGUCAAGUAGUACCUUCGUCAUAUUUGGAAAUAGGGCUGAAGAAAAAAAAUAUAUCAUCCAAAUUUAUUGGUCUUAUUUCAAAUCAAAUAAAAAGUACUGGUCAAUUAUGUCUGGAGAUAUGGUCAGAAUACUGCCAAAGAAAAGGUAUAGAUAUGUACGAUCCAAACCUUAAUGAAAUUUUAGAAUUUUUCUAUGAAAAAAAUUCCGAGAGAAUGCAAUGGGAAGUUUUAGAAAAACUUAAAAAAAUCUUGGCAUGUAUCAUUAAAACUGAUAUUUGUAACAAUCCGUUGAUAGAAUUCUUUUUUGAAGCUUUGAAAAAUGAAAGACCAAAACUAGAAAAGGUUCCUGCUAAUGAAAUAGGGACCAUAGUGGUUGUUACGAAGUUUAAUCAAGUUGUGAACGUCAUUACCGAACAAGAUUUUGAAGCGUUAUUGAUACAAACUGCACUAAAUCUGUAG